AUGAGCUUGCUGGGGGCCUACAAGAAAAAGACCAGUUACGAUGGCUAUGAAUCUUUGCAGUUGGUCGAUAGCGGCGGAGACAGCUUCAGUGUCGGCAGAGGGAGCAGCAGCGGCAGCAGCACACUCGCAGGCUCCAUAGCGGCCACCCUUGGACCGAAGGCAGGCCCGCUGAGAGAGGAGGACUGCAGCACCAUGGACAGCUCAGGUCCUCUGUCCCCAGAUAUGGAUGCCAAUUAUGGCGGAGGACUGUUGGACAUGGUGAAGGGAGGGGCCGGGAAGUUCUUCAGCAACUUCAAGGACAACUUGAAGGACACACUGAAAGACACCUCCACUAAGGUCAUGCAUCAGGUUGCCACGUACACUAAAGGGGAGCUGGACAUUGCCUACAUCACAUCACGGAUCAUAGUGAUGACCUACCCAGCAGAGUCAGUGCAGAUUGGCUACCAGAACCACGUAGAGGACAUCCGCUCCUUCCUCGACAGUCGCCAUGCCGACCACUACACUGUCUUCAAUCUAUCACAGCGCAACUACCGUGGCGCCAAAUUCUCCAGCAGGGUUUCAGAGUGUAAUUGGCCUUCUCGCCAGGCUCCCAGCCUCCACAACUUGUUUGCUGUGUGCAAGAACAUGCACAACUGGCUAAAACAGAAUCCCAAGAAUGUGUGUGUCAUCACCUGCUCGGAUGGUCGUGCUCCGUCGGGUGUUUUGGUUUGUGCCAUGUUCUGCUUCUGCCACCUCUUCAACAACCCAGUUCCUGCCAUGCAGCUCCUCAGCGCCAAGAGACCAGGUUCUGGCCUCUGGCCCUCACACCGCAGGUACAUAGGCUAUGUGUGUAGCAUGGUUUCAGAGAAGCCCAGUCUACCCCACUCCAAGCCCUUGGUGAUCAAGGCCCUGACCAUGAGUCCGGUCCCCUGCUUCAACAAGCAGCGCAGCGGCUGUCGGCCCUUCUGCGACGUCCUCAUCGGAGAGACAAAGAUCUUCACCACUGCGCAGGAGUACGAGAGGAUGAGAGAGCACAGGCUCCAGGAGGGUAAAGUAGUUUUCCCUCUGGGCGUGAGUGUGCAAGGAGACGUCGUUGUUUCAGUCUACCACAUGAGGUCGACCAUUGGAGGGCGUCUGCAGGCCAAGGUGUCCAACACCCAGAUGUUCCAGAUCCAGUUCCACACUGGCUUCAUUGCUCCUGGUACCACCAUGCUGAAGUUUAACAAACCAGAGCUGGAUGCGUGCGACUCUCCUGAGAAGUACCCCCAGCUUUUCCAUGUGAUACUGGACGUGGAGGUGGAGGGGGUGGACAAGCAGAAAGACCUGACGCCGCCGUGGGAGCAGUUCCCCUGUAAAGACCUCAGCCCCAACGUGCUCUUCUCCUGCCACCAGGAGCAUCAGGACGCGCUGGCUAUUGCUGAUGAGAUGGAGGGAUUGGAUCUGGAGGAGCCAAGCCGGCCCCACGGAGGUCCGGAAGGUCGGGGCCCCUGCGAGGAGAGCGAGCCCUCGGAUGAUGAGAUGCUCUCUCUCUCCAGCCAGCGAAGCAACGCCAGCGCGGCCCCCCAGAAACCCGACCCCCCUGCACCAAUGCCUGCCGCCCAUGCACCCGCCGAGGAAGUGGAUCUUCUUGGCCUCGACGGGGAGGCGAUCAACUGCCCGUGUCCCUCAUCUCAGCCCCUGUCUACUGCAGCCACAGCCACUGACCUCUUAGGCGACUUGUUCGGGGGGCCACCCCAGCCAACCAGUGGGCCGUCAUCUGCCCAAUCCACACCACAUAAAGUAGUCCCAAACACUGCCUCGCCGUGUCCCUCUCCUGCGCCACCAGCGUUUGAUCCCUUUGGGGCGGGUCCCAUGCCUAAACCUCAGGACAUGAUGGGGUCAUUCCUUGGACCAGGUAACGUGGGGCAGCCAGACCCCUUCCUGCAUGCUGCUCGCUCUCCGUCACCCACCCUGCAGCCUACAAGCUUGGGCCGGAGUUCCCCUGUCCCACCCACCACCCCAACAGUCAACAUUCAGCAGCAAAACGCCAUGGGAGGAUGGGACUGGAACAGACCUGCCACCACAAGCACAGGAGCAGGCUUUGGUAUGGGCAGUCGGUCAGCUACUACUAGCCCCACAGGCUCGCUCCACAGCACCCCCACCCACCAAACCAAGCCAAACACCUUGGACCCAUUUGCCGACAUAGGCAACCUCGGGGGAAGCCUUGGAGGUUCUGGCUUCUCGAGCAAACCCACCACACCUACUGGAACCACACCUUCCAUCCCUCCCAUGGGUUCCCCAUCGCGACCUCCUCCAUCUCCCCAGCACGCAGAAGGGUGGCAGUCCCAUGCAGGGGCCGGCUUCCCCUCAUGGCAGCCAGGUGCUGGAGGCGGUGGAGGAUGGCAACCCCAAGGACAGGGCCCUGCCUCGCAGCCAAAGCCCAGCCCCAGCCACACCCCCAUGUCUCACACAUCGCCCCAGAACCGACCCAACUACAAUGUCAGUUUCUCUGCAAUGGGUGGGGGCUCGCCCAGCGCAGGAGGCAAAGCACAGGCUGGCAUGGGCUCUAAGCCCAAGGCCUCAGAUGCCAACUUUGAUGACCUGCUGUCUGGUCAGGGCUUUGCAGGGACCAAAGAGAAGAAAGGGCCCAGGACUAUAGCAGAGAUGAGGAAGGAGGAGAUGGCCAAAGAGAUGGACCCCGAGAAACUAAAGAUUCUGGACUGGAUUGAGGGGAAAGAGCGCAACAUCCGUGCUCUGCUGUCCACCAUGCAUACUGUGCUGUGGGAGGGAGAGACGCGCUGGAAGCCUGUGGGCAUGGCUGACCUGGUUACUCCAGAACAGGUCAAGAAGGUCUACCGCAAAGCGGUCCUGGUCGUCCACCCAGAUAAGGCAACAGGAAAGCCCUAUGAACAAUAUGCCAAGAUGAUUUUCAUGGAACUAAAUGACGCCUGGUCAGAAUUUGAAAGCCAAGGACAAAAAGCGCUCUACUGA